AUGGCUUCGGCACGCGGACUCGCCGACUUUGGCGUGCUCAUCCCGCUCUUCGGCACCGUCACGGUGGCGAGCACGGCCUAUGCGGGCCAUGCGGUCUUCUGGCGGUCCGAUUGGCGCGGCUGGCUUUCCAACUUUGCCACGGGACCGGGACGGACGAGUCGGUUGAUGCUGCUGGUGAUGCUGUUGAUCAACCUCAAGUCAAUUCCGUUUGCAUGGACGGUCCGCGUCUUCUCUACCAUGAUCCGACAUGUGGUGCUACCGCGCAAGCCAUUGCCGCGCCGUUCGCUCUUCCACUACAGCAUCACGAGCUCGUACACGUCCCUGCUCGAGACGGACUACAACCUGCACAAGUCCAACAGCACGUACUUUUCGGAUCUCGACACCAGCCGGUCGCACCUGGUGAUGUACCUGUUGGGCCCUGGUGUCGCCGCGCUGGGCGACAAUGCCAAGACCAAGAUGGUGCGGCUGCCGACCGACGAGACCAAGGCGGUGCCGGGCAACUUUGGCGUAGGCCUGGGCGCCGUCUUCUGCAGUUUUCGCAAGGAGAUCGCCUCGUACCAGGGCUAUGAGAUGUGGAGCCGGAUCCUCUCGUGGGACCGCAAGUGGCUCUUCGUCCUGACUCACUUUGUCGUCAAGGGCAAGGUUAGGCCGGCCGUCUGGGAUCAAGUCGGGCCUGCGCCUGCAUCGGCCGCCUGGACCGACGCCGACGAGGAGAAGCUGCAGAAGCAUGUUAUCGCCACCGCCAUCAGCAAGUACGUCUUCAAGCUUGGCCGCUUCACCGUUCACCCGAGCUACCUGAUCGAGGGCAGCGACCUGCUGCCGGCUCGGCCGGGCGAGGGCUGGCGUGGUGGCGGACCCGACGCCAUCGGCGACCUCGCCGACUUGGACUCCACCACAUACGUGCCUCCUGCCGGCAAUGAGGACGCUGACUGGGACUGGCGCCGCGUCGAGCACGAGCGCCGCCGCGGUAUGGAGUACGCCCAGCACAUGAUGGCCCUGGACAGCGCAGCCGACUUCUUUGACGGUGGCCGGCUCGGUGCUCUGGGCAAGUUCAGCCCCGGGUAA